GGGAAUGUUAGGGAUGUGGAUUAGGAUAUAUUAUUAGAUAGAUCCUAUCCAAGCUUGUGUUAGCAAGCUUCCAAUAUCAGCAGAGUGACAUUCCCCUUUUGUGCGCAGCAAAGCAUGUGCGUUAGAUUCGCUAGAAUCUCUAUAACAAUAUUACACUUUAUAGUUCAAUAUUACACUUCCUGGCAAAGGUCCCCUUUGUCCCUCUUAAAAGAAAUACACAACACAGUGUUUAUAAAAUAAGAUAGAGUUUACUUACAGUUUCAUCCUGAGUUACAGCAUAAUCUCAGAAAGGCAGGCUUGCUUAGAAAAGUUACAAGUAUAUAUACAUCUAGAGACUACUUAGUAAAGUAAGACUCCAUUUGGUCUCACUCUUGGCUGCAGGCCUAGAGUGAGAACCAUGCUAACUGGAGAUUCUCUGGAGAUGUGUCCUCAUCGAGGGAGGAAGUAGCUAAGAGAGAGAGAGAUUGCAGGCUAGGGCUUUUGUCUAAUCCAACUCAUUUGCAUGUCUGAGGGAACAGGAACUGACCUGUAGUCAGGUGUCCCUCCAGGUGAGUUCCUGUUAGUGGACACUCUCGGAACUGUUGUGACUUGUCUGCCCCAGUGUUCCAUCCCACACACAUGACCUGGAAGCUAUAUGCCAGCUCCCUCGGCCAAUAACGCAAGAUGAGCUCUGCAACCCCAGAGUCGGUCACAACUGGACCUAAUGGUCAGGGGUCUCUUUACCUUUACAUUCAGGUCCAGCUUCAUGACAUAGCAUCCUCAGGCCAUGGCCCUGUCUCUUACCCCGUGUCUCUGAUUAGUGCUAGGCAGUUUGGUCUGGACACCUUCCGUUUAAAUUUCCCACAGUGCUUCUGGUGCAGCAUUAUUCUGGGACAUUAUGGGAAGUUAAAUAGCAACUUGCUGCUCAGGGGAUGAAUUGAUAUAGGUGGGGGUCUGCCAAGAUUCACUUUGCCAAGGACACACCUCUUCUUCUUGGUCUUUGAUAAAUGAACUGUUGUUGUUAGUGCCCCUCCUAUAUAAUCUGUAUUAUAUGGUAUUUUGGGGUGGAUUUGUUUUCAUUAUAUUGUAUUAUUUUUUUCUAGAUGUAACCUCCCCUAGGAUCUUAAUGUGAAGGGUGGGUAAUAAAUACAAUGAUGAUGAUUAUCUAUGAUGUUGAUGAUAAGAAUUGGUUUGCUGGAUCAGACUCACUGCCUAGUCCAGUAUUUUGUUUCCAGCAGUGAGUGGCUGAAUGCUUCUUGAAUCUGAAGAAUGUAUUUACAGUAUUUUACAUAUUUAGUACCUCUCCCUUCAGUUCUGAAGAUCUACCAGGGUAACUUAUAGUAGAUCAAAAAAACCCAAACAAAAGCUUAAUGGUAAAUCAGCAGUAGGGAAAAACUAUCACAACAUUAAAACCAAAGCUGCAACGUUUACAAAUCUGGAGCUACCUGCAGACACUAAAAAGGUCUUCAUGCUUGACACUGAGAUUUCAAAAGUUGCUUAGGCAAGCUUACAUAGGGAGAGUGUUUCAAAGAUGGGGUGCCACAAGUUCAACUGAAAAGACUAAACCUGGCCACUCCCUGCCUCAUCCUAUUGUACAGAAUUAGAGCAACUGCCUGUUUAUCCCCGCUGGUGGUAGUUCUCCACAGGCUUAGGCUUAGCCUUUCUGUUUUCUGAUACCUCAUAUCCUUUAACUAAAGAUGCUGGGAACUGAAUCUGGGACCAUACACACGUGAAGCGAUGAACUAUAUCAGUGUGGGAAACCUGUGGCUUUCCAGAUAUGAACAGCCUCAUGACAUCCUUAGCCACACGUUUUGCUCAAGAAGCUUUUGGGAAGCAGUACAAACAAACCAUAGGACUUGACUUCUUUUUGAAAAGAAUAACACUCCCAGGAAAUGUAAAUGUUACUCUUCAAGUAUGGGAUAUAGGAGGCCAAACAAUAGGAGGCAAGAUGUUGGAUAAAUAUGUCUAUGGCGCACAGGCUGUCCUCCUGGUGUAUGAUAUCACCAACCAACAGAGCUUUGAAAAUGUAGAAGAUUGGUAUAAUGUUGUAAAGAAGGUCAAUGAAGAGUCAGAAACUCAGCCACAUGUGGCUCUGGUAGGCAAUAAAAUUGAUCUGGAGCAUCUGCGGACAGUAAAAGUUGAUAAGCACCUUCGAUUUUGCCAGGAAAAUCAUUCUAGCAGUCAUUUUGUGUCAGCCAAGACAGGUGAUUCCGUCUUCCUGUGUUUUCAAAGAAUUGCUGCUGACCUCCUUGACGUCAAAUUAAACAAAGCGGAAAUAGAGCUAUCACAGAGUGUAGUGAAGGCGGAUAUUGUAAACUAUAGCCAGGAGCCUGUGGCAAGAACAGUUAACUCUCCUAGAAGCUCAAUGUGUACAAUUCAGUGAACUUUUUUUUGUAUUGAUCUCCUUUGGCAGCCAUACUACCUUUGCAAAGACGUUGCCCGGAAUGUUGUUUUAACAGUGAACAUUUCUGUAGAGCGUUUAGAAGUUUCAAGAACUUACUACCCUUUUGUGUGUUGAAAAGCAGCAGGCAGUGUUUUCGGCUAGUCAAGAUUCAAAUGUUGGGACCACACACUUUGAAAAAUUAUGAGAUAUAUAUAUCUAUAUAUCUAUAUAUGUCUAUAAUCUUGUGAAUUAUAUUUCAAUAAAGGAAUACAACUAUGUAUACAGAUGCCCUUUACAUAUAUUGUCACUUUGUGGGACAGGGAAAUUAAAAAUGUAUAAAUGAUACAGGAUAAUCAGUGAUGCUUGAAAUACAGCUGUGGAGUUGAAAAUAAAUCUCUGCUUACAGACAU